CAUCACCCCCCGCGGCCGCCGGGCCCGAACCCGGAAGCUCCGCGCGCCAAAAAUUCCCAAAAAAUUCCCAAAAAUUCCCAAAAAAUUCCCAAAAAUUCCCAAAAAAAUUUUCCGGGAUCGCGGCCCCUCCCCCCCGGGCCCGCCAUGACUUUGUUCCACUUCGGGAAUUGCUUCGCGCUCGCCUAUUUCCCCUAUUUCAUCACCUACAAAUGCAGCGGCCUGUCGGAGUACAGCGCCUUCUGGCGCUGCGUCCAGGCCGGAGCCACCUACGUACUGGUGCAACUGGGAAAGAUGCUGUUCCUGGCCACGUUUUUCCCGACCUGGGAGGGGCCCUCGGGCGGAUACGACCUGGUGGGGGAAUUCCUGCGUGCCACGGUGGACGUGGCCGAUCUGGGGGGGCUCCAGCUGGCCCUGGGCCGGGGCGGGGGGAGGGGCGAGCUCCGGAUCCUGGUGGCCGCCCUGGGCUGGGCCAGCGCCGAGCUGCUGACGGCCAGGUGCGUCCCCCUGUGGGUCGGGGCCCGGGGGGUGGAGUUUGACUGGAGACACCUCCAGAUGGGACUGGACUCCAACAUCAGCCUGGUGCGCACGGUGGCCGCGGCCGCUCUCCUCUGGGCCUCGGGGCGCCACGACCUCCCCUCCCCCCUGCGGCUGCCCCUGGGGGGGCUCCUGGCGGCGACGGCGUACGAGGGGUUCCUCAGCGGGUGGGCGGGGCAGGCGCUGGGCCUGGGGCCCUGGGGGGCGCUGGGGCUGCGAGCGCUGGGGGCGGCGGCGCUGGGGCUGGGGGCGCUCAGACUGCUGGUACCGCUGUUACCCCCACCUUGAGACACCUGGAGACAC